CCGAUCUCUAUUGGCACUGGCAAGCGGAGGGGUUGCUGGGAGAAGCUCUCAAUUGUGUGCGAAGUCUAGACCGCACGAUAUCCGUCGGCGAUCAUUUGCCGCUAGAAGAAAUAUAGAUUCUGAGGGACAUCCAUCUCAUGUGUCUCCUCGAAAACCUAAAGGGAGCUCUAGAUUGCCUUGAAACUAAGUAUCUCUACGGUCGCCUCCCCUCAGUCGCGGCCCGGAUCCGAAGUCCAAGACGAUCCACUACAGUCAAUCCAGUGCAAAACAGAGAAUGCAAGUAUUCCAUGGGAGAGCUGUUUGAGCACAGGCGGAACACCAAGACGUCUUCGAGCUGGGAGAGGUGGCGUAGACCCGGCCCUCGCACUGACGUGUAGGUCUGCAGGUCUGCAGGUCCCAAAACAUUCCCACAGCCGUGUCACAGGUUCAGCACUGAGAAUUCCUAGAUCGAGGCAACUGGCGGAUAAUCCCACCGGAUUACAUCUUCGGGAAGGAUGGACCGCGAGGUCACGGUCGAUAUGUUGGUUCCCAGCGAAUGAGGGAGUGCAGCAUCGUUCUCGGACGCGUGCAAAAGUCCGGAGAGCACCGGGGCGGCGCCUGACUAGAUCGGCACGGGAGCCCGUUGGAGAUGAUAGAGACGGAGAGCCUCGGGAAGCCUUGCUGGAUGACCAAAAUUGAAGGUCUCAGGGCUGGAAGUCAUCCGCUCGGGGUUGAAUUGGGCAUGGAAAUUAUAUUUACCCGACCGCCAUCGCUGUAUACGCAGUAUUUAACUUUGAUGCGUUUGAUGACCCGUGUUUGGCCGUGGUCUGGCCUCAACUCUCAGUGGUUGAGAACAGCGUCUAGGCUUAACAGUGCAAACCCCACAACGAAUUCUCCCAGAAAAUCGUCUCAUUAUUGCGAUCGAGAUCUAUCUCCUCGCAACCCUCAGCCAAGAGGAUAUAAAAGCAUGGGGGAUGUCCCCACUGACCAUCUGAGCUUCACCAGUCAUCUUUGGCCGGAAUGUCCUCUAUCGAAAUCCCGAAGACUCAGAGGGCUGCUGUUGUUGCUAGCAGCGGUGCUCCCAUCGAGGUUCGAGAGGACCACCCUGUCACAGCCGCUGAGGAUCUUGCGCCUGGCGAGUGUCUCAUCAAACUUAUCUGCACCGGAGUCUGCCACACGGACUUGCAUGCUGCUCUAGGCGACUGGCCCCUGGCCGCGAAGACGCCCCUGGUCGGCGGACACGAAGGUGUCGGCAUUGUUGUCGCAAUUGGUCAGAACACAAGUCGCUCUCCUGUCAAAGUGGGCGAUCGUGUCGGCAUCAAAUGGCUCGCCGAUUCGGCUGCAGAUGUCUCAACUGCGAACAGUGCCGUAAAGGCCUCGAACAAAGUACUGCUGCACACUUACUCCACGUCUCAUCACUCACAUGAUCCCCUCAUAGUCUGCCUCGAUGCCAAACUGAGCGGCUUCAAUGUCGAUGGAACUUUCCAGCAAUAUGUGGUCUCAUUUGUGAAUCACGUUACUCCGAUCCCGGAGGGUUUCGACAGCUUCGCUGCUGCAUCUAUUCUUUGUGCCGGCGUCACCGUUUACCGCGCCAUCAAACACAGCCAGACCAACCCCGGAGACUGGAUAGUUCUCCCUGGUGCUGGAGGAGGACUCGGUCAUCUCGCAAUCCAAUAUGCGAGAGUCGCCGGGCUGCGCGUCAUUGCUAUCGACACUGGUGCCGAUAAGAAGAAGCUCUGCCUUGAACUAGGAGCAGAGAAGUGGAUCGAUUUCAAGGAGUGCUCUGACAUCGUAGCUGAGAUUCGCUCGAUAACUGAUGGAUACGGCGCCCAUUCUGCUGUCGUGACCACUGCCAGCAGUUCUGGAUAUCACCAAGCAAUCGAGUAUCUCCGCGGGGGAGGAACUCUCAUGGUUGUUGGCCUGCCAGGACAUGCCUCUCUCGACGCGCCCAUCUUCUUCACAGUGUUCAAGAGCAUCAGCAUUCUUGGCUCCUAUGUAGGCAACCGCCAAGAUGCCAAAGAAGCCAUCGACAUUGCUGCACGGGGACAAGUCAUUUGUUAUUACGCACUCAAGCCACUCUCUGAGCUGCAAAAGUGAACUUUUGUCCCAUUUCUACGGGUUUGAGGCUGAAUUUGUGCACUUAGAACAUAUCAAGCUCUCGCGUCUGGUCAAAUUGCCGGGCGUGUCGUAUUGGAGAUGCCCAAGUAGAAAACAGACCAUGGUCGGCUUUGUAUUGCUAGCUCUCGGUAUACCUUUUUAAACCCGGGCCCGGCUAAUCCAGACCACGUGACCGCGAAUCGGAGUUUGAACCGGGGACUCCUGAUUUAGAAGUAACGAGCUGUGCGUCUUCUUCUCACCUCAUGUCCUCGUCUGCAUCGAUGGAGGAAGAGGACAUCGCCGACGCCGACAGCCAGUUCAGCUCUCUUUCUCUCUCAUCGUCGGCGCUAUCCUCCCGGGGCACAUCACCCGCGCUGUCCGCCGCUCCCGCACCUCCCCUCAUCGGAAAGACCAGCCUCGACGGCCAUACUCUCCGCGCUCGCGGCCUCUCUCGCUCCCACACCGCUCCAUGCGUCCCGGAUCUCCAGUCGAAGCCGCCGACGAGAAGACAGCGGGCGUCCGAAAUCGAUGCACUGACCGUUGAGCCGGACGUGCUGUUGCGCAUCCGGCGGUGGAUCCUGGGUGUCGCUGUCGUGGACUUCGACAUCGAUGAAGGGCCGCUCGUGGCUGGUGUCUACCCUCCGGUCUUUUUGCUCCCCUCAGAGGCGGAUAACAUUGCCUUCUCUGCCUUCCCGGACUCCCCGCAAUUCGAAGAGGGAGCGCAGUGCCACUCGUUUUGUAUCAAAGAGAGUAAUAAUGUGCCGUUGUUGGGUGGACGGCGGCCUGUUGCUGCGGACGGGUUCAUAUAUGGUUUUGUGUACUUCUCGCAACGGAAGGAUGCUUCUUUGAGGAGAGGAUAUGAGCAGAGGUCUCUUGUCAUACUGACACAUCUUCCUUACCCGGCACUGUACACGCGGAUAUCUUCUAUCCUCGGGCCGUUGUUCCAGGACCAUGGCCUGCCGAUGCUGGAAGCUGCAUGCCAUAAUAUUGCGGGCUGAAAAGGUCGGACCCUACUCCCGGAUCGACAGUGGAGCUCGGAUUCCUCGGUACAGUACUGAGCGCAGAGCUCCCCAUUUCCCCGGAGCAACAGCAAUUAUCAAUGCUAUCGCGUGAACGUAUCCUCGCAUCAUCCACAUCCAUGACGCCCCCGCCGAUCCUGUUAUUCGAGGCGGCGCUCUCCCAAAUGUGGUCGUUAUGGGAAUGUCUGGUGCUUUGCGAGCCGAUACUCGUGUUUGGCAGGUCACCGAUGCAAACCAGCCAAGCUGUCUGGUGGCUGCGUGAUCUUCUACGGCCAUUACCAUGCACAGGGGACCUGCGCCCGUACCUGACCAUCCACGAUGCGGACUAUGCGACACUCGCGGGCCGAUUGCCGCCGAGUCCCGGGAGGAUUUUGGGGGUGACGAACCCGGUUUUCCAACGCGAGUGCGCUCAUUGGCCGCAUACGCUGAGUCUUGGGAAAGAUGCACCAUCCAAAACAGCUGCUGGGCAGAUACGGUUACGGGCGGGACCCGCACCUGGCUGGAAGACUCGGACACACUCACGAUAUGUCUCCAAAGACAGGCCAUUGCUACGGCGGUUGGAGGAGAUCUGUGCCAGUGGCACAGAAUCUGAGCGUUUGGACGCAUCCUUGGAGCUCCGACAGCACUUUCAUGCUCGAACGACAGAGAUGCUACUACCGCUUUCUCGGUAUCUGAAUACCCUGAUUCCGACGCCAGCCGAACGGGCGGCUGCCUCUCCGUCGGGAGAACCGCUGCGCAUGCGACCUUUCAGCGUGCCAACGUUUCUCGGUUCGCUAAAGAGUACAGGAGACAGCGGUUUACCGUUUAGGAGCACCGCAAAAAGGAAGGAGUUUUACCAGCGGUGGUUGAGGACACCGACGUUCGGAGUCUGGCUAGGGAUGCAGGAGAAUAUCGUACAAGGCGUCCUCGAGUCGUAAUGCGUGUUUACAUCUACGCUUUGCAAGCAUGUUCGCCGA